ACGUGGAGGCAUUCAUAAUAAGCGCCGACGUCACGCUGGCUCCUCCCCCCGCUCCUCCCAGAUCAGCCUCCAGCGGUUCCACGGUCCGUCCUGUCGCUGAAAGUCUCCGCGUUUCACCCGUUUCCCGUCGCUUAAACCCGGCCAGACCGCGCGCACACGAGCGGAACCCGAUGGCUUCGACGACUUCCGACGGUUCCGAGCAAGAGUCGCCGAACCCGAGCGAACAAAACGGCGACGGGAGCGAGUCGGGCCUACGCGCCGCCGAUCCGGAACCGGCCGUUAAGAUGGAGACGGACGAGAAGCCCAACAGACAAGAGUCUACAGAACAAAGCCCGGAGGAGGCCACGCGGGGAGACGGCGAGACCGAAGCGGAGCCGCAGAAGAGCCCCGGCAGCGCGGACGGGACGGCGGAGCGGAUGAAGAGAGAACAAAGGGAGGAGGAGAACGCGCCCUCACCGGCGGAGAAAAACAGCGGCGGCGGCGGAGGAAUAAAGAGGCGCGCGAGUCUGGAGAUGAUGAGCCUAUCGUCGGACGGAGAGCCGCUCAGCCGCAUGGACUCGGAGGACAGUAUCAGCAGUACUAUCAUGGACAUGGAGAGCAUUGCUUCCAGCGGUCGUUCUACCCCAGCUAUGAUGAACGGUCACGGCGGGGCGUCUUCCUCCUCCACUAAGGGCUCAUCUUACCCCUGCUACUGGGAUCAGUGCCACAUGCUGUUCAACAGCAGCCCGGACCUGGCCGAACACAUCCGCGGAGUGCACGUGGACGGACAGCGCGGCGGGGUUUUCGUGUGUCAUUGGAAAGGCUGUAAGGUGUAUAACACACCGUCCACCAGUCAGAGCUGGCUGCAGAGACACAUGCUGUCACACAGUGGAGACAAACCAUUCAAGUGUGUGGUGGGUGGGUGCAAUGCCACCUUCGCCUCCCAGGGGGGGCUAGCGCGCCACGUGCCGACCCACUUCAGCUCCCAGAAUUCCUCCAAACUCUCAAGCCAAACCAAGGUGAAGGAAGAGUCGCCUUCCAAAGCGGGCAUCAACAAACGGAAGAAACUUAAGUACAAACGGCGGCGGUCAUUGCCACGACCUCAUGACUUUUUUGACGCUCAGACCAUGGAUGCAAUCCGUCAUCGCGCCAUCUGCCUCAAUCUAGCGACUCAUAUUGAGAGCCAAGGCAAAGGCCACAGCGUUGUGUUUCACAGUACGGUGAUCGCCAGGCGGAAGGAGGAUUCUGGGAAAGUGAAGGUGCUGCUUCAUUGGAUGCCAGAGGACAUACUUCCAGACGCCUGGGUCAGCGAGAGCGACCAUCCCCAGCUGAAGACCAAAGUGGUCCACCUCUCCCAGCUUCCUCAAGACACGGCGGUUCUAUUGGACCCCAACAUCUACAGGAUGUUUUUCUAGAAGACUGGGUGGGGAGGGUGGCUUCUGUCAGCGCCUGCUGACGUACCCAAACCGAAGUGGAUGUGCGGAUCUUUUGAGACGGGACUUCUUUUCCCUUUGCUUUUUUCCCCUCCACUUUCUCCUUUUUUUUCUUUUUAAUGCUCCGAGUCUGCCAAAGCAUGCAGUGAAUUUUUAAUGUGUGUUUUUAUCCCUUGAAGAGGAAAAAAAGGCACAAAAUUGUGAACUCUGUCGGUGCUGGACUUUUAACUGUCUGGGAGGAUGUGUUGUACACCACGGUUUUGAUUUUCCUUCCCUGCGUCCUCAACUCUGCUGAUUAUCUUUUGCUUUUUUCGUCAAGAAAGUGCCCAUGUAAAUAUUCCAGGAGAUUUGUAAUAUAUUUUUGUAAUGCGGAGAUUUUACUGUACUGUAGAUAGAUGUAAUAAGCCACAAGCUGACAGAAAACAUAAUUGUACAGAUUGUGAUAGCUAAUAGUUUUGGAUGUAAAUGCUUCCAUAGAUGGUUUUGCUGCCUUUUUUUUAGUAUGAGAAUUUUUUUUUCCUGAACAUGCGCACAGACUCUUAUAACUGCUGCUCCACCUACUGAUGAUGAUGAUGGGAUGUUAUUGUCCUCCCGCAUGAGCCGUUUGUGUGUUCUGCUCAAGCCAAGGAGUGUAUAGACAUCUCAACGUAAUGGUGCUAAAGCUAACACUAGCGCUCAGGCUAAUGCACAUAGGAGAACUAUAGGAUCAAUAAUGAUGGUGCUUCUUAGAUCAUGUACUUAAUAAUCCCCUGUUCCCCAUACUUAUAGAUCAUACUUCUGUCUUUGUAGUAAAGUUGAAAAUUAUAUAUAUUUUUGUUUGCUUGUUUGUUUGAUUCCAGCCCAUAUAAACCUUGUGUUUCUCACA